ACAGACCACUCACCGGUCCCCGUCCCCACCCGGUCUCACUUCCUCUAACGACCAACCAAGCCCCAUUCGGCUGAGUGACUCGGACUCCACAUUCUGUCGGGUCAACCCGCGCCCGUGACCUAAGUCCACUCAAAAACCCAAUCGGAACCCGAAAUUCCGCCGAAGCCACAGCCAUGAGGCUCGUAGUCCCUCUUCAAGGCGUGGUCCAGGGUAGAGGAGGCCUCAUCUUGGGCUCUCUCAUUCCCUGUGCUCUUUACUACUUCCUCCAAAUCUACCUCAAACGACGCCGUCCUUCCAACUCCUCCUCGAACCCUCCGACCCCGUCCAAUUCCUCGUCGAACCUCGUCGAGCUCCAAGGAUCGUCGUCGCGGUCCAAUUUGACCAGCCGUGCAUCCAAAGGCGCGGUCCAGUUAUCUUCUCGGGGGGCUUUCUUUGCGAAGCCGAGCGAUUCGCCGUAUUAUGUAGGGUUGGAAAAGGUUGCGAAUGAUCAAUACGAUAGGUUAAAGAAUCCAGAUGGAAUUAUUCAGCUCGGUUUAUCGGAGAACAGGCUUUGUUUUGAUUUGAUUGAGAAAUGGGUUUCUAAGAAUGUGACCAACUCAAUACUUGGAAUUGAUGGUGGCAAUUUGAAUAUUAGCGGCAUUGCUUCGUACCAGCCGUUUGAUGGAUUGAUUCACCUAAAGCUGGCUAUGGCGAAUUUCAUGUCUAGGGUGGUCAUGGGAGGAUCUGUGUCGGUUGACCCAUCACAAAUAGUAUUGACAUCUGGUGCAACUCCAGCAGUUGAGAUUUUAAGCUUUUGCUUAGCAGACCAGGGAAAUGCAUUUCUCAUUCCAACACCUUAUUAUCCUGGUUUUGAUAGGGAUGUUAAAUGGCGGCCAGGAGUGGAGCUAUUACCCGUCCAUUGUCAUAGCGCAGACAACUUUGCUCUAAACAUCACUGCUCUUGACCAAGAAUUCACUCGGGCAAAAAAACGAGGAUUAAAAGUGCGUGGGGUUCUCAUUUCUAACCCUGCAAAUCCUGUUGGCAAUCUACUGCCCAGGGAAACAAUCUGCAGUAUUUUAGAUUUUGCCCAAGAGAAGAACAUACAUGUUAUUUCUGAUGAAAUAUUUGCUGGGUCUGUGUAUGGGAGUGAGGAGUUUGUGAGCGUGGCUGAAAUUAUUGAGGCAGAGGAUUAUGACAAGAACAGGGUUCAUAUAAUAUAUGGCCUGUCGAAAGACCUCUCUCUUCCUGGGUUUAGGGUUGGGGUUAUAUACUCACAUAAUGAAAAAGUUUUAGCUGCUGCUAAAAAGUUGACUAGAUUUUCUUCAAUUUCUGCACCAACCCAGCAGCUUAUAAUACCAAUGCUUCAAGAUACAAAAUUUGUUGAUGAAUAUAUAGAGACCAGCAAAAGGAGGAUAGAGCAUAUGUAUGAUUUAUUUGUGGCAGGUAUGAAUCAAUUAGGAAUCAAGUGUGCAAAGAGCAGUGCCGGUUUUUACUGUUGGGCUGAUAUGAGCAGGUUAAUUCCAUCUGACAGUGAGAAAGGGGAACUUGAGUUAUUUGAGAAGCUGUUGAAUGUUGCUAAGAUCAAUGUAACUCCUGGGUCAGCUUGCCACUGCAUAAAACCAGGAUGGUUCCGAUGUUGUUUUACUACAUUAACUGAAGAGGAUAUUCCUAUAGUUCUAGAGCGGAUUAGAAGAGUAGCUGAAACCAGUGAAUCCUAGAACUGAAUUACUUUUAUUUUUAUGUUUAUUUAUUUACUUGUUUUUUCC